AUGUCAUUGGAUGCAAGUAGUCGUCGUCUCAUGAAAGAGCUCCAGCAACUGUCAACAGAACCGCCGACCGGUAUCGUCGUUAAUAAGGACACCGCUAGUGCAGACCUAAAACAGUGGCGGGUGGAUGUUAUUGGAGCUGCGGGAACAUUGUACGAAGGUGAAAAAUUCUCUCUUCAGUUCCGGUUCACUCACCAAUAUCCAUUCAACUCGCCCGAAGUAAUGUUUGUGGGUGAUAAUAUACCUGUACACCCACAUGUCUACUCAAAUGGUCAUAUUUGUUUAUCGAUUUUAUCCGAAGAUUGGACACCAGCUUUGAGUGUGCAAGCAGUUUGUCUUUCUAUUCUUUCCAUGUUAUCGUCUGCCAGAGAGAAGAAACGACCACCGGAUAACGCACUCUAUGUUCGUACUUGUAAUAAAAAUCCUAGCAAGACGCGGUGGUGGUUCCAUGGUGAGCUUUCGUUCGAAUUCUUACCGUUUUUUUUAUGA